AUGGACCCGACAGAAAGUGAAAAUCUCAUGCGUGAAUACAUCAAGAGAUUCGAUCGCCUAAUAUUUCUACGAUUGAAAUAUUCUGGAUUCGCGAACAUUGGAGCUUCAAUUUUAUUAUCCACGACAGCAACACAGGAUCUCAAAUUGCCAGAAGUCAUAACAAUUGUGCAUUUUGUUACGUUUGCCAAUUUAAUGUUGAUUAACUUGACCUUUUUUAAUAGAAGGUGUGGAUAUCAAAUAUUGGCUAGCUGCAUAGAAAUCGAUGUGUUCUUUGGAGUUAAAGAAACCUCUUUUAUGAGAGAUGUCUCGACGAGGAAUUUAAUAGUAUCUUGUUACGGAGUAGUCAUCACAUCACUAGUAGUUGUUACUUACAUGUAUAUUGUGUUCCUGGUUUCUGUGAAAGUACAUAUCAUCGGUUCAAUAUACUUCGCCUGGCUAUUUUGCACUUAUGACGACUAUUGUCUGUUUCUUUCGAUAUUGGGAUUCUUAUCGAUGAGAGUGAAGUAUCUCAAUGUGGCUAUAAUGAAACUUUCUUCCAUGAAUGCUGAUUAUAUACCAAAUGUAAUGCUUUUUGAUAAAUUGUUUUGGAAAAAAAAUUAUGAUGAUAAUAUAGCAUUUCAUACGAGAGCAGGACAAAAGGAGUUCGCGCAGGCUUUCAGAAUGAUAUUUCAUCUAUUAGACUUGUUGACAAAAAGCUACAAAUUCGCUUUGACAUUAGGAGUCUGGACGAUCGUCGUGGGUACUUUUGUAUCUGUUCAAGUAUUUAUUAUCUACAUUAAAUCUUCGCAUGUUGAUCUACUGCGGGCAAGCGUCGUAGCAGGGUGGGCAGCCGGUAAUUGGUUGUUUAUAUUACUAUUUGGCCAACAAGUGGAUCUGUUUUAUCAACAAGUAGAACAAACUGUCCUAAUUUGCUCCUACAUUCAACUGAAACCAAACGUAUCAACCGACAUCCAUAAAUUAACUAAAGGCGUUCUCCGUACUUUGAGCGUGCGCAACAGACGACGAAACGCCGGCUUAUUUCAUCUAGACACGGGCUUGGUGUUUCGAAUUGCAGCUUCGACAUUCGUAUACAUAACCGUGCAACUGCAAAUGGCUUUUCCCUCAGUGAAAGAUACUCAAACUACAGCCAAUGUCACUUCUACUUCUGUCUGUGAAUUCAUGCCGUCUUAUACAUGCCCAGCUAUUUAA